UCUCUCUCUCUCUCUCUCUCUCUCUCUCUCUCUCUCAAUAUUUCAAUGGGUGUUGGCUCUAAUAGAGUAGAGAGCUUCCCUUAUGCAUUAGACCUCGAAUCCUCUCUUUCUAACGCACCAGCUCCUUUAGAAAUCCACAAAGUCUCUUUGCCACAAGAGAAGACUACUCUCCAAUCUCUUAAGCAAAGGCUUGGUGAAAUAUUUUUCUCUGAUGAUCCUCUUCAUCAGUUCAAGGGCCAAACUCCCUUUAGGAAACUUGUGUUGGCUCUUCAAUACUUUUUUCCAAUAUUUCAGUGGGGGUCUGAGUAUACUUUGAAGCUACUCAAGUCUGAUGCUGUCUCUGGCCUCACUAUUGCUAGCUUGGCUAUUCCACAGGGGAUUAGUUAUGCAAAGCUUGCAAAUCUGCCUCCUGUUAUUGGUUUAUAUUCAAGCUUUGUGCCACCAUUGAUCUACUCUGUGCUUGGAAGCUCAAGGGACCUUGCGGUGGGGCCAGUCUCAAUUGCAUCUCUUGUAAUGGGCUCGAUGUUGCGAGAAGCCAUUUCCCCUGAAAAAGAGCCGAUACUUUACCUUCAGCUAGCUUUUACGGCCACAUUAUUUGCUGGUGUUUUCCAAGCUUCACUGGGCUUCCUAAGGCUGGGAUUUGUUGUGGACUUUUUGUCAAAGCCCACACUAAUUGGGUUCAUGGGGGGUGCAGCUGUCAUUGUUUCGUUGCAGCAGCUCAAGGGAUUGCUCGGUAUCGUUCAUUUCACUAAUCAAAUGGGAUUUGUUCCUGUGAUGAGUGCAGUUUUCAAGCACAGAACUGAGUGGGCUUGGCAAACUUUGGUGAUGGGCUUCUCAUUUCUAGCCUUCUUGCUGAUGACAAGGCAUAUUAGCAUGAGGAGACCCAAGCUUUUUUGGGUAUCAGCAGCAGCACCCCUAGCCUCAGUGAUACUCUCCACAGUAGUCUCGUUUGCUUUCAAAGCUCAUAAUCAUGGCAUCCAGAUUAUUGGGCAUUUGGAGAAGGGAGUGAACCCUCCUUCACUCAACAUGCUAUAUUUCCAAGCCUCCUACUUACCUCUUGCUGUUAAAACUGGAAUUGUCACUGGCAUACUAUCUCUCACUGAAGGAAUAGCUGUUGGAAGAACCUUUGCUUCUUUGAAAAACUACCAAGUUGAUGGUAACAAAGAAAUGAUGGCCAUUGGCCUAAUGAACAUGGCAGGCUCAUGCACAUCGUGUUAUGUCACCACAGGAUCAUUUUCGAGGUCAGCGGUGAACUACAAUGCAGGAUGCAGAACAGCAGUCUCAAACAUAAUAAUGGCCUCAGCUGUGCUGUUUACUAUGCUGUUUCUGAUGCCACUAUUCCAUUAUACACCGAAUGUGAUUUUAUCUGCGAUCAUCAUCACAGCAGUUAUCGGUUUGAUUGAUUUCCAUGCUGCACUUCGGUUGUGGAAGGUGGACAAGCUCGAUUUCUUGGCUUGUAUCAGUGCUUUCUUCGGUGUUCUCUUCAUCUCUGUGCAAAUGGGUCUAGCAAUUGCAGUUGGGAUAUCUUUGUUUAAAAUCCUCAUACAUGUGACAAGGCCAAACACUGUAAUCAUGGGCAAUGUUCCAGGGACACAGAGCUAUAGAAGUAUCGGGCAAUAUAGAGAAGCUUCUAGAAUCCCUUCGUUUCUCAUUAUCGGAGUAGAAUCUCCCAUCUACUUCACUAAUUCUAUGUACCUGCAAGAGAGGAUUUUGAGGUGGGUCAGAGAAGAGGAAGAGAGGACAGCGAAAACAAACGAAAACAACCUAAAAUGUGUUGUUUUAGACAUGUCUGCGGUUACUGCAAUAGAUACCAGCGGCAUGGAAGCACUCAUGGAAUUGAAGAAGGUGCUCGAUAAGAAAUCACUUCAACUUGUACUAGCGAACCCUGUUGGAGAUGUCACAGAGAAGCUCUACAGAUCAGAAGCCUGGGAUCUAUUCAGAUCAGACUGCAUUUAUAUGAGCGUUGAAGAAGCAGUUUUAGCAAUGUCUUCGGGGUUCAAGAGCCAGGGUUAAUCAAAAGUGAAGCAGUACUAACCCAAGGAAAGGAAAUCAGCAUAUAGCUAUUAAGAAAUCAAGUAUAGUAAUAGUAACUGUCACUUGAGAAAUGGAUGCUUUGUAUCUAUUCCAAGCAAUAACAAACUUGUGCGUGCUAUAUAUUAUUGAAUGUCGAGCUCUUCUAAGAAGAGAUUUUGAAGAAAGUAUAGGUAGAACUUUAAAUGGAUGUUCUCGGAAGAAGUAGUUGACAUUGGUUAGAUUUUUACCCUUUCAAUGCUCCUGUUUAUCAAUGCACUGGACAGCUAUCAAUCUUAA